GAGUACGUCAACGGCCCAACGCUUGAGUACUUCCUGCAGUUCAGAGGAGGGGAUCCCCUGCCGCGCAGGUCGAUCUUCGGCUGGAGCCUUGACCUGCUCCGGGCCCUCGACUUUCUGCAUGGCCGAAACCCAAUGAUUAUCCAUCGGGACGUGAAACCUGCCAACCUGAUCUUGAGCAAGGACCUCAAUAUUAUGAAGCUCAUGGACUUCGGCAUGAGCAAGGCCUGCUCUUGCCUGAACGAUCUUAUCAGCUUUACCGGGACCCCGCUCUACAUGGCGCCAGAGGUCAUGCUGACGACUGUGGGCCACUACACCGAGAAGGCAGACAUCUACAGCGCUUCCUUCGUCAUGUGGUACAUCGCCGUUGGCAAGCGGCCG